CACGUGGGCCACCCCGCGUGGACUCCCGUGACCCGCGCUCCCCCGCAGGUGCUGUCCGGGUGCGGAGUCUACGACGGCACGGAGCUCCACGAGGCCUCGGCGGUGCUGGUGCACCUGAGCCGUGGUGGGGCUGAGGUCCAGAUCUUCGCGCCUAACGUCCCUCAGAUGCACGUGAUUGACCACACCAAGGGGCAGCCGUCUGAGAGCGAGACCAGGAACGUUCUGGCUGAGUCAGCAAGGAUCGCCCGUGGCAAGAUCACUGACCUGGCCCAGCUAAGUGCAGCCAACCAUGAUGCCGCCAUCUUUCCUGGGGGCUUUGGAGCUGCCAAAAACCUGAGCACAUUCGCCGUGGACGGCAAAGACUGCAAAGUCAACAAAGACGUGGAGCGCGUCCUGAAGGACUUCCACAAGGCGGGGAAGCCCAUCGGCUUGUGCUGCAUCGCUCCUGUCCUCGCGGCCAAAGUGCUCCCUGGCGUCGAGGUCACCGUGGGCCACGAGCAGGAGGAAGGUGGCAAGUGGCCUUAUGCCGGGACCGCGGAAGCCAUCAAAGCCAUGGGUGCCAAGCACUGUGUGAAGGGAGUGACCGAAGCUCACGUGGACCAGAAAAACAAGGUGGUCACGACCCCAGCCUUCAUGUGUGAGACGGCGCUCCACCACAUCCACGACGGGAUCGGGGCCAUGGUGACGAAGGUGCUGGAGCUUGCCAGGAAGUGAGCCGCCAGCUCUGGCUUCGCCUCUUCCACCAGGCGGAGCUGGCGGCCUGUUGUCCUGUCCAGCUUGGAAUAUGACACACGGGGUCGGAUAAUUGGGGUGAGAGUCGUCAUCAGCUCUGCUCAGCUCACCUUCCUUCCAAGAGCGGAGCGAGGCAGAGCCCACGCCCUGGAGAGGUGGCUGGAGUCCCCCGCCUGUAGGAGUAGCAACUGGACACCUAGUGCCUCCCAGAAUGACAGUCAGCUUUCUCACGAAGCCAGUCAGGUAGAGGUAUUGUCUAACCUCAGGUUUGCCUGGCUUCAGAAUACUUAGUGUUUGGAAAGGAAAAUAAUUUUAAGUUUAUAAAUGUAAUAAUCAGAAAACCUGAAACAUGGUUAUUAACAAUUAAAGAUUCUCUAAUCUGGAGUAAACAUGGACUCAUU